GUGAGGAAGCAGUGAAGAGACGUCUUAGUUUUUUUUCUUGGAAUACAUUUCCCCGUCCAUCUCUGAAGCCCAUACUCACGCACACACUUAGACACACAAACACCAAAGAUCCAAACACAAGCACACAGAUGGUAAAGUGCGUGUGUGAGUGCUGCUGUUACCCUCUUACAAGGAGUGCUGAAUUAUUUUCAGGAGCUGGACUCACAAAAGCCUGACUCACUUGGACUGUGAGAGUGUAUUCAGCAUCUUUGUGACUUGGACUUGAACUCAAACUGGAUUCAAAGAGGGCAGCACUUUGGACUUAGAGUAUCAGUACACCACCUGAAUGCAUCACUGAGAUUUUGCCCAAAGCUGUAGUGGCUCUGUUCAGUUCAGGAGAAUUUAACACACUGUGUCUGUGCUGAUGAGGAGGAUGUACUGGCUGGUGACAGCGGUCUUGCUGGCCCACCUUGGGGCCACCUUAACAUGGGCGUGGAGAGCAUCUCAACCCAGACUGCAGUUCACACAUGCAGAGUUGAUCCAGAAUGGUCGCCUGCUUACGCUGCCCUUAGUGGCAGGAGACCUGCACUCCCUGCUACCUGAUGAGGACCGAAGGCGUCUGUACGUGGCCAUGAAAGAUAACCUGCUGUCUACUAGUCUGGAUGACAUAACGCAGAACCCACGCAAGCUGUACUGGCCAGCCAGUCCAGACCGUGUCCAAGAAUGUCUCAUGGCUGGGAAGGAUCCAGAGUUGGAGUGCGCUAACUUUCUGCGAGUCCUUCAGCCUUUCAAUCAAACUCAUCUGUACAUUUGUGGGACUGGAGCUUUCAACCCUCGAUGUGCUUUCAUAGCUACAGGCAUCUUCCAGCAGUCGGAGCACCAGACUCUCUCCUACAGCCAGACAGAGUGUGGGAAGGGGAAGUGUCCCUACGACCCAAUCCAGAAAACAGCCUCUGCUGUUGUUGAUGGGGAGCUGUAUGCUGGAAUCACCUCAGACUUCAUGAGCCGGGAUUCUGCCUUCUUCCGUAGCCUCGGAAAUCGUCACGUCAUCCGCACAGAGCAGUAUGACUCCACCUGGCUGCAGGAUGCCCAGUUUGUGCAGGUAGCGCCACUGUCUGAAACUGAUAACCCAGAAGAUGAUAAGGUCUACGUGUUCUUCACUGAGCAAGCUCAGGAGGCAGAGGGGGCUGCUGGGAAGGUGCUCUACUCCAGAGUUGCAAGAGUGUGUAAGAAUGACAUCGGAGGCCAGAGGAGUUUAGUAAACAAGUGGAGUACCUUCCAGAAGGCUCGUAUGGUGUGCUCAGUCCCAGGACCAGAGGGCCUACAGACACACUUCGAUCGGCUGCAGGACAUUUUUAUCCUCCACGGGAAAGACAAGAAGAACCCUCUCAUCUACGGCCUGUUUACCACUUCAAGUGAUAUCCUGAAUGGUUCAGCGGUGUGUGUUUACCGAAUGGAGGACGUGGUUCGAGCUUUUAAGGGAAACUUCCUGCAUAAGGAGGGACCUCAGUAUAAGUGGGCAGAGUUCACAGGCAAGGUUCCCUACCCACGACCAGGAACUUGUCCCAGCAGUACAUAUGGAAGUUACAGCUCGACCAGAGAAUAUCCCGAUGACGUCAUCUUCUUCAGCAGGACUCAUCCACUGCUGCAGGAAAAUGUGCUGCCACUGGGUGAGCGCCCCCUCCUGGUAAGAGUAGGUGUACACUACAAGUUCAGUAAACUGCUGGUGGACAGGGUGGAGGCUGUGGAUGGAACCUACGACGUCCUUUUUAUCGGCACAGACUCGGGUCUGGUGCUGAAGGCCAUCCAUCUGCCCAGAGAACAAGGCCAGAGUCAGGAGGUCACUCUGGAACAACUGCAGGUCUUUCAGCACAAAUCACCUGUGACAGCCAUGACACUCUCAAAGAAAAAGCAGUGGUUGUUUGUGGGCUCCAGAGAGGGCGUGUCCCAACUGGCUCUGUACCAGUGUGAGCUGUACGGCCAGGCAUGUGCUGAGUGCUGCCUGGCCAGAGAUCCCUACUGCACCUGGGACGGGCAUGCCUGCAGCCCCUUCAUGCCCACCGUGCGAAGGAGGAACGCUCGCCACUUAGGAGAAGAUGAAGAUCCACUGACUCAGUGCGUCAGACAGGGAGCUGGUCUACAGGUGGAGGCGGAGCAGAGGGUGAUGAUGGUUGUUGAGGGCAACAGCACUUACCUGGAGUGCCUGCCUCGAUCCAGACAUGCUGCUGUUACCUGGUACAAACAGGCUGGAGAGAACAGUCCAGAACUUAACCAGGUGGUAACAGGCGACCAGCUGGUGGUGAUCGAGCGAGGCGUUCUGAUCCGUCAGGCUGAAUUAUCUCACAGUGGCGUCUAUCACUGCCAGGUGGAGGAGCAUGGCUACCACUGGACCGCUGUCACUGUUCGCCUUGCUGUCUGGAGCCCCUCAGCCAACAGCCUCCUCGCCUCCUGGUCCAGCUCGUCCUAUCAGAGCGCAGGGAUCCAGCCCUGGUACGAGGACGUGAUGGCUCUGGUUCACCCAGGGAACAUCGGCCAGCACUGCCGGGCGCUGGGAUACAGACCCCCACGUAACCACCGUCGCCACAGUGAGAUCAUGGUGAAGCCGAACAAGGAGAAAGAGAGGGGGGAGAGGCACAAGCACGGGGGAGGAAGAGCGGGAGGAGGGGGAGGAAGAGCAGCAGGGAGGAAGAGCAGGAGCAAGCCACAGCUGAGGGCACCAAGGAGUGCCUGAAUGUGUCGCGGAACAAGAGUGUGGAUCUUAAAGGACUUCUAGACACGCAUGCACAUUUACAUCACACACACACAAAUGUUAACAUACACACUAAGACACACACUUAACUUAAACACUGAGAUAAACAUACUGUAUGUACAGAGACUUCAACAUGCGCAUGCACUUACCUUCAAACAAAAAAAGGCAUCCUUUCAAAUAUGACGACAGACUUUCAAACUAAGCUACACACAAACAACAGAAGUAUGUACAGGAGGGUGUGAACGGCAAGGACCGCUACAUGUGGACGAAAGACUUGUGAAUAAAAAGCUCAAUACUUUAGGCUGCAGAGCAUGCUGAAUGAAGGAUGAACAGCAUGUCUAGAUCAAUUACUGAGAGGAUGGUUUAGAUUUGGAGCAUUUACAUAAAAAAAAAAAAAUGUAAUUCUAAAACAAGGAGUCAUCCAACUUCUGUAAUGAGCUCUGCCUUAAAGAGCCAUACUGACGACACUGCAUGUUUUUGCCCAAACAACAUAUACACUGUUGAUUAUUCCUCAGAGCAAAACAGAUGUUUUUAGAUCGACUUUCUACCCUCCAGCCAUAAACUGACUGCAGUUGUGAGCAACAUUUUCCAGAAGUUACUAUGUGUUGCAUUUGAAUUUCAGUGACACUCCAUCCACUGGCCUUCAUCACCCUCAGGCUUAAAUGCUCAAAAGCUCUUCAUCAAUAAGCUAUUCUGUAGAAUAAUAAAUGCCAAAGCCAUCUCAGAAGUCUGAACAUUCGCAGAGACUGUUCCAUAAACAGUUGUGUAAUUAGCAGCUAAACUCAGCUGAAAUAGAAAGUCGUUUUGAUUUUCUCUGUAAUGGAUUAUGUUUCAAUGUAAAACCUUCAGUUGGAAAAUAAUCAGCAUUGAUGGUUGCUUAAAGACUUUUGAAUAAGUGCUGCCAGUUGUGAAAAGCACUGAAUAGCACUGAUGAGUUAUUUUUCUCCAAAAUGAAUAUUUAGUAGCGGUCCACCUACGGUGAGAGUUUUUGGUUUCUUUAGAUAAGUAGGGUUUGACUAUGAGAUGGCAGACCACAACCACAAAGAUAAAAGGCACAGAAAGCACAGCGAUGCCUUUGAUGAGGUCACAGAUCUACUUUCCCAGGAGGCUGCAGCCACAAAGACGCACUGCAGGAGACGUUUCCAUUAUGUUUAUGCUACAGGUUCACAAUUCCAAGUCAUAUCAGGCACUGGUUUAAUGCCACGCAACAGAGCACUUAGUAUAGAUGUUGGUAAAACAUUUAAACCUUGUUUAAUAAUGUCAGAAAAAAUGAUCUAUCCUAUAUUGUCAUUUUUUAUUUGUCAGAACAUGUAAGGUAUGAGGUUUAUUGUGCAUGUCUGCACAUAAACUGCAGGCUCUAUUUUCUUUUCAGAGCAAAAGCCCAAUUAUUUGAUGAUUCUAAAGGUUAUUUUGGCAGAUUUUCAAUUGAUAUGUGGUAUGUUAAGAGCAAUUUUACCCUCCUAAGAAGGCUCGAAAUAAUUGGUACAAUUUGAAAUAUUAAACACAUUCAGUAUUUAAGAUAAGCAAUCCAGCGUUGUGAGGGAAAUGCCAAGGACAGCCAAGCACACUCUUGUGAUGCAGAGCAGAAUGAGGGCCAUUCAGAAAGCAAAAUAACUGAAGAAGGAAGCACAGCAAACACAGCCAUGGUAACAAAAGAAAACGCAAAAACUUCGAUUUAGAUGGACGUCAGAAAAGGAAGACCAAUUUGAUGAUUUGGGGUUGACUGAUGAUUUAGCUAAUCACCAUAUUGAGUUUAUUUACGCUGAAGUUUUGUUUAUUAAGCAAAGUUUUGAGUUUUGAGAGCAAGGCUUUGGUUGUUUGUGAAUAGAAGUUGUUAGUGUAUGAUGUGCUGUGUUGUCUAUCUCGUUGCACACCGAACACUAUAAGAAGAAAACGUUUAAAUCUGUCAUUAUUUGUCAUCAAGUGUCGGUUCUCUGACAUUUUCAAAAUCACUUCAGAUUUUAAUAAUCUUUUAGUCUGUGCCAGACUAAAGUUCCUUAUUUUCAGAUGUCCAGGAAAGAUGUGAAGCUGCUACUGGACGAGGUAAAACCAAGCCUUAGAAAAAUAUAAAUUUCUCAUGGCAUUUAUGAUUGAAUGUUUUUUAAAUGGUUGUAAUGAGUUGAAACUUUAUAACCCAGGUCGUGUUUGGUUAUAUUGGCAAGGAUUAUUAAAUUGGUAGCGAUUAAGAACAUUUCUGUAUCCACUUUACAAAGAAUCCCUUUGGUUCUAGCAGUAAAUCAAACGUAAUGAACUGUGUACAAUAUCAAGGUGGAUUUUUAAGUAUUUUCAGUUGUGUGUUUGAUAUGAAAUGGACAGAAAAACAUACUUCAAUGUGGGACAACAUAACUGCAGAGACUUUGUACAGAACAUGCAUGUUUCUCGGCUGGUGGUUCAGGACCUAAAUGGGCCACCAGGGACUUCAGGUUGGUUCCAGCCCGACUAAAGAAGUGGUGUUUGAUACUUCUGCUCCUGUACUUCCAGCUGGUAAUGACAUCUGGCUGUAAAUGAUGACGCAGGCUUCUUGCAAAUAAAGAAGCCUUUAUAUAAAAAGUUGGAACUUGAGGCAGUACUUAACUGGACUGACAUCAACUGGACUCUGGACUGUUGGAGUAACUUGUUCUGUCUCUAUUUAAUGGUCUUUUUGUAUUUAUUUGUUUUGUUAUUAAGUGAUUAUUCUGGGAAACACUAUGAGAUAAUUUAACCAUAAUCACCCACAGCAUAUGCAUUUAUUUAAGAUGCAUCUGUCUUUCUUUUUGUCCCUGUUACUGCAUCUUCCAGCUCCCACCUUUUCAACAGUAAGUUGUUUUUUGUUUUUUUGUUUUUUUUUAAGGAUAAGGCCCAUUCUGCAGGUAUUUAUUAGAGAGGUGCUUUGGAUGGGGAAACAAUAGUGACAUCAAAUUUAAGCAUUAGUUUGAUGUGUCUGACAGUUGAGUAUUGUAUUAGAAACCCCCUCCUAUUCCAGCAGUACACACUGGCUUGGCCGAAUUUAAAAAGCUCUAUGUCAAAAUACCCAGAUGUCAUAUAAUUUGGGAAAAAUUGUACAUCGUGGUAUGGGUGGUAGACUGGUCUGUCUCUCAUACUGUUUCCCACAAUGCAAAGUGCCAUUGCGGACAGUAACAACAGGUAUCUGUAGCAUUAUGGCCUUUUCAGACUGGCUGAGGGUUGACUGCUUCACAGCUUCAUUUUCACUUUGUGUGCAUGAUAAGUCUAUUCUCUCAGACCGCCACACUGUCAUGCAUCUCAUGCAGCAGAAUCUUGAAAAUAGAAAGCUUACCUAUUUUUGCCACAGGCUGCACCUUUCUCUCUGUACAUUUGCCUUGAUUAUCAGAUAUGUAUGUCCACAUCUUUAGACUAUGUCACAGGGGAAGGUGAACACAGUAUACAAUAUAUACUUCUGGUUUGUGCUUUUUAAAGUAAAAGCCAUAAUGGCAUUGAUGUGGGGAAGAAACUCACCAUGUUUGUAAAGAGUGGUAUUCUGAAUUUUUAUUUUCUCAGUUAGGCUUUAAAAUAGGGGUGUAAAGGUACUUGUAUUUAUAAUGUACAGAUUUGGUAUGGGCCCUUUGGUACAGUUCAGUUGUGUACGACACUCAUAUACAGACAGGAAAACGUGAGUGCAAUCCACACCAUCAUAGCAACCACAACAAACAAUAUCAAGAGCCUGAAAAUUCCCAGCUUAAAGUCUCCUGUUUGGGAACACUUUGUGAAAUACACAGAGGACAAUGUAGCAGUACACAAGACAGAGGCUGUGCGGUCAUAUUAAGCAUCUGUGUCUCUGACAGCAUGCCCAUCUGAUCUAUUAAAGCAGGGGUUCUCAACUGGUGGGUCGGGAUCCAAAAGUGGGUUACGGAGCAGUUUUCAGUGGAUCAUGACUAGGCGUCUGAAAACAAAAGGUGGCAAAAGUCCUGAAGUCCUUAUUGGACAUGCAUCAGCAAAUUUUAUUUUACUCUGUUUUACUGUGAGAUUGGGUAAAUUUGAAUGUUUGAUGAACAUUUCAACUAAUUUACCUCCUCUUCUUGCAAUAAAUAGCUACUUUUUCCAUAAUAAUGAUGUAAUUUAACAAGUUCUCUGUAAAAUUGGCAACAAUUGACAAAUAAUAAUGGGGAAAGAGGGUAUAAAACUUGUCAGUUGUGUCCCUUUUCUUUUUAUAUCAGGUGUUUUGGUCCAAUCAUGCUCCAAACUGCAACAUAUUCAAUUAACUAAACAUGUUGUUGAAAGUUGUUUGGAAACUUGGGUCGCAAUCUGUUGUAAGACAGGCUGGUGGGUCCUGAGGCCGGACCAGUUGAGAACCACUGUAUUAAGCAUUCAAAAUGGAAGUGUAAAAACAACAUUACUGGGUCACACCUAUGUGACUAGGAGAAAAAACAGCAAACACAGCUCCAUUCGGACAUUUAAAAUCUUUUUGUCAGGGGGGAGAGUGGGACUCCAUAAUAUCUGCAGCUGGGUCAUAGCAUUGGUAACACUUAUCCUCUGAUUCCAGACAGACUCCGUCCUCCUUAUCUGCUCAGAUUGGCUGUGAAAAGUGCUGCCAAAAUUUACACAAGGUCCCAUCAGUUUUAAAGUAACCCUGUGCUCAAGUCUGUGUUGAAAUCAGCAUGUUAAUUAGUGCACUUAACAAGCUAACAAAUAAUUAUAUUAUGAUGUGUUCAAGGUCAGCUUGAAAAUUUGAAAAUUAUAGGAAAGGGUAUAAAUAUGUCAAUAUAUCAAUAAAAAAUUAAAAAGCUAGUAUUUGCAUAAUUUAUUCUUUUUUAUUAUUAUUAUUUAUUGAAGGUAUUGAUUGGUAGGAGGUUGAAAUAUUGUUCCUAAUUAGUAUGUCAUUUAUUUAACAAAUUUUUUAUAUAAUUUUUUAAUGUAAAAAAAUAUGCUAAGUAGAGCUUAGAGCCUAAAAUGUUGAUGCUGCAAUUUAAACAAUGUGUACAAGCCACGCCCUCAAGUUCCCAAUUAAGGAAAAUAAAUUCUAUGUUGUGUUUGCUUUAAAUACCAUACCGAAAAUGUACUGAAGUAUGACUUUAAAACUGACGUACCGAACCGAACAUUUUUCCGUACAGUUACACCCCUACUAUACAAUGAAUUAAGUUUCUUGUAGAGGUGAAAAAGAAAGACAGGGCUGUGACUGCAGGGAGACACACAGCCUUAACACAGCAAACAUGCGCCCAGUCUGAAAUGGUUGUUUCAGCAUUCAUUACAUUACACUUACAGCACAAAUGCCCAUGGAUUUACUUUCUUCUUAUCUUCAACUGGCUAUUACAUGUCUCACAGGUUGAUUUUUGUCUAUGGAAAAAUCAUGAAAAUCCAAAUAUAUCACAAGAUUCUUUUAGAACAUUGGUAGGUGAUACGGCGUAGCAUUCGUGGCAAUAGAAAAUUAGCUUGACUAUAGUUCACUCCUGUUUACUUCUGUUCUCCUAGAUUAGAUACCAGUGAGAUACUACAUACUACUGUCUAACACUGUGCAGAGAACAUAUUUAAUAUUGUGAUUGACAGGAGUAUGUUGUAGGCACUUUCAAAUACAACCUGCGUCGUCUUGCAACUAAAAUAAGAUGAAAAGUUUUAACUGCACUCAGCAGAGUGGGAGUGUGCAGGUUUGACUGUAUAAGGGCGGCAAUAUAGAAACUAAUGAAUAAAAACAUUCAGGGGGAAAUUCAAUAGGAAAAAGAGAGAGCUAGAACUAAAUGAAUUAAAUUUUAACUUUAUUUUCUAUGGUUUCUUGGAAGAAGGUGCAUUUACGUGCUUGGUUCAGUCCAAUAACAACAGCCUCUCCUAUUUUCAUAUAUUUAAUUUCAGCCCUCAAAGAUGUUUCUGAGCAUGAUUAGAAUAAAUACGUCUCAUUCCUUCAGCAGACACCAUCACUUUGCACUGCUGGUCGUAUGUAUUUCCGUCAGUGUGUAUGUGUGUGUACAGUGUGCCUCUGUGUGAGAGGAGCUGACAUGAAGGUUCAGAGGCCAAGCCAGUGAAUCUGCCAAACUUGGCACUCAGUAAUGGAUCAGACAGACUUUUGAUGCUGUUAGAAAAAUAAACCAGAACAGCUCGGAGCAGAGAGAAAAUUAGCAUGGGCCUGGUCCCCUUGGCUUCUAGGCCUUGGCCACAUGAAAGAGUUAGCCAGUUCAGAGGUACGACUGAAUAUGAGCGUGUUUGAGGAAAGAGGGUUCAUUGACGAGUGUGUGAGAGUCAGGUACAGCCGCGUCUAAAAUGAAAGGGCGUGUGGGUGAGGCUGGCAGAAUCGAAAUGACAUCAGGAAUGGUGUUUUGUCAGACUUUAUUUAAACAUUAAAUUCCAGCCAAAUGAGGAAACAACCAGCAAGUAUCCUCCUCUGCAGUGGCUAGUGAGGUUGGAUUUUUAUAGUAGUUUUAAAGAUGCAGCUGAGACCAGUCAGUGUAACUGUUGUUAGGCACUAUCGUCCUGGUUGGUUGAAAAUGCAGGCAGUGAACUAUCCUUCCAGCUAGAAUCCCCACCCUCGGGCACAUAAAACCAAGUUUUGGUCUCAAAACCAUCAUUUUGCUUCUGAGAAGAUGCCAAGUUUCAUGUUAUUUUGAGUUCACACCCAGUUUCACAGUUUCUGUUUUGUCACUGUUCACCCACUAGUUUGCAUAAACCCUAAAAAAAACAAGAAAAUGCUUGGACUCCCACUUGUGAAUAUUGUGUGUAUAUGAAUGCGUAUAUCCAUGUGAGAUGCAAACACCACACAUGUAGGUGGCAGAGCUUCUAAGAGGCAUUUUUCUUGAAAGUCAUUUCAAACAUUUACUGUUUAAAACAUGGUGCAGAGCUUCUCCAUUCAGUAUACCCACCUCACGUGUUUCACCCUCAUUCUGCUGUAUUUACAUUUCACUGCCAAUAUAAAGUUCCUGUGAUUUCCCAGAAUGACUUCUUUGCAGACGGAAUGAAACUGUGUUCGACUGAUCUCCUCUCAUUUGUGGAAACUUUGUCUAUCUUUUUGUAAAUAUGUAUAAAG